AAUCAGUCAUUGUCAGGACACAAACAGAAUAAGUCGUAAAUCUGUAAGCUGACCUGUGUCUCAAGAUCCAGAACAACUUUACACUUGUCCCUUGUGCCAGUGCAAUGCUGCUGUCUACCAAUAGUCCUUGGCUAUAAGAUCGAGGUGACAUCUGCUUGAUGUUGUAGGAGGCAGUGACCUUCAAGGACGUGGCUGUGGUCUUCACUGAGGAGGAGCUGGAGCUGCUGGACCCUGCCCAGAGGAAGCUGUAUCGAGAUGUGAUGCUGGAGAACUUCAGGAACCUGCUCUCAGUGGGUGAGGACAGGCACCCUCUGUAAUGGAAUGUCAGACCCCAGGAAUGGUUUUGUAUCCUAGGGUUUUCAAGUUUGAGUGUGCAGUGAGAACCUACAUUUCCAGUAAAUUUUGCCUAGCUAUUAGGUUGGUGCAAAAGUAAUUGUGGUUUUUGUCAUUGGAAGUAAUGGUACACCGCAAUUACGUUUGCACCAACAUGAUAUUACUUUGAACGUGUUGGGAUUAAGCAUGUUACUUUGCCUGUUCACGGGGCAUCAACCAUUCCAUGGAGAUACUUUCCACUUCCUAAGGGAAGAAAAGUUUUGGGUGAUGGAGACAGCAAGCCAAAGAGAAGGGACUUUGGAAGGCAAGAUCCAAACUGAAAUGGAGACUGUUCCAGAAGCAGGAACACAUGAAGAAUUUUCCUGCAAGCAAAUUUGGGAACAAAUUGCAAGUGACUUAACCAGGUCUCAAGAUUCCACCAUAAAUAACUCUCAGUUAUUUGAACAAGAUGAUGGCUCCUCCCAGAUUGAGGAAAGACUAUCUACAGUUCACACAAGAGAAAAACCUUCCCAGGGUGGAAAGUGUAAACAGUCCUUCAAUGAUGUUUCCAUCUUUAAUCUUCCUCAGCAGUUAUGUUCAGGAGAGAAGUCUCAUACCUGUGAUGAGUGUGGAAAAAGCUUCUGUUACAUCUCAGCCCUUCAUAUUCAUCAGAGAGUCCACAUGGGAGUGAAAUGCUAUAAGUGUGAUGUGUGUGGCAAGGAAUUUAGUCAGAGCUCACGUCUGCAAACUCAUCAGAGAGUCCACACUGGAGAGAAACCAUUCAAAUGUGAGCAGUGUGGGAAAGGCUUCAGAUGUAGAUCAGCACUUAAAGUUCAUUGCAAAUUACACAUGAGAGAGAAACCUUAUAAUUGUGAGAAAUGUGGGAAGGCCUUCAUGCACAAUUUCCAGCUUCAGAAACAUCAGAGAAUUCAUACUGGGGAGAAGCCAUUCAAAUGUGAAAUAUGUGGUAAGAGCUUCUGUCUUAGGUCAAGUCUUAAUAGGCAUUGCAUGGUCCACACAGCAGAGAAACUGUACAAAUCUGAAAAGUAUGGAAGAGGUUUCAUUGAUAGGCUAGAUUUGCAUAAGCAUCAGAUGAUUCAUAUAGGACAGAAACCAUAUAAUUGUAAAGAAUGUGGGAAGAGCUUCAAAUGGUCCUCAUAUCUUUUGGUCCAUCAGCGAGUCCACAGUGGAGAAAAGCCAUACAAAUGUGAGGAGUGUGGGAAGGGCUACAUUAGUAAAUCAGGUCUUGACUUCCACCAUAGAACCCACACGGGAGAGAGAUCUUAUAACUGUGAUAACUGUGGGAAGAGCUUUAGACAUGCUUCUAGUAUUUUGAAUCAUAAGAAACUCCACUGCCGAAGAAAACCAUCGAAAUGUGAAGACUGUGGAAAGAGGCUUGUACACCGGUCAUACUGUAAAGAUCAACAAAGAGACUACAGUGGAGAAAAUCCAUCCAAAUGUGAGGACUGUGGGAAGCGCUACAAGAGACGCUUGAAUUUGGAUAUAAUUUUAUCAUUAUUUUUAAAUGACAUAUAAGUUAUACAUGUUUGUGGAGUGUGAAAUUUGAUACAUGUAUAUAAUGUAUAUAAAUGUAUGCUGAUUAAAUCAGUUUAAUUUGUGUAUCACCUGAAA